GUUAGAAUUCGGUUAUUCAAAAAUUGCGCUCAUUCCAAAUAAAUUCGAACGUUAACUCAAACGUCAUUCAAACGAAAACGUCAGCAAACGUCUUUUUAUUGUCAUCGGUGAUCUUUUUGCUGUCAUUUCAAUAAUGCUGCAUACAGAAAUGUUCCUAAUUUUUGUGUACGGCACUUUGAAAAUCAAUCAACCAAAUCAUUAUUUGAUGUUGGAUCCAGCUAAUGGAGCAUCACGUUUCAUUAGAAAUGGUACGACGGAUGAUAAAUAUCCAAUGGUGAUGGGCACACGAUACAACAUUCCGUUUCUGGUGGAUUUAAAAGACGUCGGUCUUAAUAUAAAUGGAGAAAUUUAUGAAGUGGAUGAACAAAUGUUGGCCAGGUUGGAUGAAUUCGAAGGUCAUCCACAUUAUUAUUUGAGAAAACAAAUUGCCGUCAAAAGUGAUGACGGAAAACAAUAUUUGUGCUGGACGUAUUUGCUGACGAAGUACCCCGAAGAUUUUCUGAAAGAUCGUGUAUUUCUUGCUAGCUACGAAAAUAAUGCGGAAUUUCCUUAUAUUAAACCCUCAGAUCGGCCAUCAAAUGGACCUAAACCCAGUGAAGAUCUUGACUAUCGUCCAUAAAUCAAGUUCAUAGUUUUUCGCCUUCAUUCCACGUAGAAACACCAUCAAUCUAGUUUUUUUUGCUUUGAAUAAAAAAAAACAAAGUGCUGAACGUAAUAAUUUCUUUAUUUCAAAUAAAAAUGAAACAGUGCCUCAGA